GUGAGAGGAUGAUAAUCUGCCCACAGCUCAAGCGCUCAAAGACCCAUCUGGACAUCGAAACGCUACUGUAAACGUCAUUAAUGUAUUAACAGCAUGAGAAGAGUCGAUUAAUGUGUAAAGGGCAGAUCGUUCAUCUGGUGCAGAUUAAUGUGAAGAGAUGAAAAUGGGAGCGAGGGAGAUCCGCACCACUCCGAUGAUGGAUUUUACGGAGCAACCCGCAGCCUAUGAUGGAAGUUAAAGGUUUACCCGGCUGGCUGUAGCUGGUUCCUGGUGGACCGUUUGAUGUGAGCUUGUUUUUUCUGCGUAGACAGACGGUCAAGCGUGGGCCGCUUGCCUUGAGUUCGUACUUUGCCUUGAGGGUGAGAGUGAAAGCAAGGCAUUCUGGGAAUCCCAGUCCCCGCCCUGGAUGUGUCUCCGCCAGCACCAGCAGUGUAAAAGUUCGUCCCAUGUUGCCUCUUUAUAUACUGAUGCUCAGCUCCAGUGCCAUUAUGAGCGGAUAAGGGGCGGGGCAGUUCUGCGUGGGAGGAGUCAGGGAGGUUCCGUAAGUGAUGACCAGCCUUUUUCGCCGAAGUAACGCGAACAGUAACCAUGGCAACAGCGACGUUGCCUCGUCGGAGCCUAAUAACAGGAGACCUCCCCGUCAAGUCAGACGGCUUGAGUUUAGCCAGGCUAUGGACGACUUUAAGACGAUGUUUCCCAGCAUGCAGCAUGAAGUUAUCGAGUGUGUGUUGAGGGCCAACAAUGGCGCCGUGGACUCCACCAUUGACCAGCUCCUGCAAAUGAGCCUGGACAGCCAAACCACAGAUGACAGCUCGGAUUCUGACGACAGCAUUCCUCCAGAGAUCCUCGAGAGAACGCUAGAGCCGGACAGCUCGGAUGAGGAGCCCCCACCCGUCUACGCCCCACCCUCCUAUGACAUGCACAUCUACGAUAGAAAACAUCCAGCAGAUGUGCCGUCCACUCCACCUCCUAGGUUCCACGACUAUCCCCCUCCCGGGCAUCAGCAGGUUGGCAGAUACAGGAACUGGAAUCCACCGUUACUAGGCAACCUGCCCGAUGACUUCCUGCGGAUCCUGCCUCAGCAGUCAGGGAGUCUUCAGAGAUCUCAAAGCACUUUGUCCCAGCCUUCGUCCUCGUCCUCUUCCUCACUGUCAUCUCUGACGAAGCUCUCGUCCAGCAGCGGCGUCCCGUCGGGUGGCACAUGGUCAUCUGAACAGGACAGAAAGUUGAAGCAGUAUUUGGGAGAUGAACGAAUCGCUCUUUUUCUGCAGAAUCAAGAGUUCAUGAAAGAACUCCAGCGGAACCGAGACUUCCUCAUAGCUCUUGAGAUAGAUCGUCAGAGGUGCGAGAAAACACAGUGCGGUCACUCAUCCGCUUGCAAGGAGAACUCCAUCGAAGGUGAUAAUUGUGCUUCUGGCUCUGAGGAGGCUUGCUCGUCUGUCUCUGAUGAUGCCUUAUUCCUGGAGAAACUCAAGCACAUGGGAAAAUCCACGAGAAAGAAGCUAUUUGAGAUUGCUAGGUCUUUCUCUGAGAAGACAAGAAGGAAGAAGUCCAAAAAGAAAGCUCCACCCAAACACCAUUCUAUGGGCUCCGCCACCUCCACCAUUAAUCUGCUGGAAGAUGUAGAAGGGCCUCCACCAGAGCAAGACAGUCAGCACAAGACCCUUUCGGAGAACGUGGAGGGGGAGGAGUUAAAUAAGGAAUGACAUCAUGAUAGAAGAGUCCUGGCCUGACAAGCUAGCGGUCCCUGGGUUAGUGAGAGACAGCCCUGAAAAUUAAAGCAUCAUCACCAUCAAGAUUUCACUCAAUAGUGUCAUGCUUGAAUUACAUCUGAACCAUGAAGAUAUAAAAGUUCUUUAUUAUCGUUCAACAGACUUCCAUUUAGUGUCUUACUUACACACCGUGCUGGGACUCGGGACUUCCCACAAGCACAAAACCUCAUCGCUCAGCUAGUUCAAGGGAUGCUUCACUCAAAAAUGAAAGUUCUGUCAUCAUUUACUCACCUUUGAGUUGUUUCAAAUGUGUAUGCAUUUCUUUGUUCUGAUGAACAAAGAGAAAAAUAUUUAGAAGAAUGCUUAUAACCAAACAGAUCUCAACACCCAUUGACAACCGUAGUAGGAAAAAAAACAAUGGUAGUCAAAAGUGCCCCAGAACUGUUUGUUGCCCUCAAUUCUUCCAAAUGUAUUUUGUGUUUCCAACUACGGCAAUCAAUGGGUGUCGAGAUCUGUUUGGUUAUAAGCACUCAAUGUAUCAUGUACAAUCCCAAUCAUAUUUUAAGCAAUUCCAUUUUUACACAAAAAUAUUUCCAUCUAAAUUUUCUCUAAGUAAUAGGCUGAUAUCUGGUGUUAGCUGUCAGAUUGAGUUGGUAUAAUGCUAUAUGUUUUCAACCAAACCUGAAUGUAAAAUAAUGCUCAACACAUUUUAAAUAUGAAGAAUUUUGAUUUUGACAAAUGUAGCUUAUUUUUAGAAUUUAUAAAUAACGCAAAGCUUAUUGGAGCAGAUUUGAAGUAGAAUCUUUGAAGUCUUGCCAGCUUUGAUUUGUGGGUGCUGACUGUAUUCUUGAAGAGUAAACAUAGGAUAAAUGUUGUAAUUCUCAGAGUUUAGGCCUGUUAGCUCAUCAGCUCCUCAAGAUUCCACUGCGAAAUUAAUUUCCAGAGGAUCAUUCUGUUUAUUCUUAAAUAAAUUACACUUUGAAAUCA